GCCGGCUUCUUUUAGUGGCGGCGGCGACAGGGCUGUCCCGUGGCCCAGCACAGCAGAGGAGUGACCAGACCAACAUGUUGGGGACUCGCGCCUCCAACGACCGGCCCCCCGGCCCCGGCGGCGUCAAGCGGGGACGGCUGCAGCAGGAGGCGGCGGCCACGGGCUCCCGGGUGACCGUGGUGCUGGGCGCGCAGUGGGGGGACGAGGGCAAAGGCAAGGUGGUGGACCUGCUGGCCACGGACGCCGACAUCAUCAGCCGCUGCCAGGGGGGCAACAACGCUGGCCACACCGUGGUGGUGGACGGCAGGGAGUAUGACUUCCACCUAUUGCCCAGCGGCAUCAUCAACACCAAGGCCGUGUCCUUCAUCGGCAAUGGGGUGGUCGUCCACUUACCCGGCUUGUUUGAAGAAGCAGAAAAGAAUGAGAAGAAAGGUCUGAAGGACUGGGAGAAGAGGCUUGUCAUCUCCGACCGCGCCCACCUCGUGUUUGAUUUUCACCAGGCGGUCGACGGGCUGCAGGAAGUGCAACGGCAGGCCCAGGAGGGCAAGAAUAUCGGCACCACCAGGAAGGGGAUCGGACCGGCUUACUCUUCCAAAGCUGCGCGCACGGGCCUCCGCGUCUGCGACCUCCUGUCGGACUUUGACGAAUUUUCCGCCAGAUUCAAGAACCUGGCCCGCCAGCACCAGUCCAUGUUCCCCAGCCUGGAAGUGGACGUCGAGGGGCAACUCAAAAGGCUCAAGGGCUUUGCUGAGCGGAUCCGACCCAUGGUCCGAGACGGCGUCUACUUUAUGUACGAGGCGCUCCACGGCACCCCCAAAAAAAUCCUCGUGGAAGGUGCCAAUGCAGCCCUCCUUGAUAUUGACUUUGGGACCUACCCCUUUGUGACGUCAUCCAACUGCACCGUGGGCGGCGUGUGCACGGGCCUGGGCAUCCCCCCGCAGAACAUAGGCGAGGUCUACGGCGUGGUGAAGGCCUACACCACACGCGUGGGCAUCGGCGCCUUUCCCACCGAGCAGAUCAAUGAAAUCGGAGACCUGCUACAGAGCCGUGGCCACGAGUGGGGGGUGACCACAGGCAGGAAGAGGCGGUGCGGCUGGCUGGACCUGAUGAUUCUCAGAUAUGCUCACAUGGUCAACGGCUUUACCGCGUUGGCCUUAACGAAACUGGACAUCCUGGAUGCCCUGGACGAGGUGAAAGUCGGCGUCUCGUACAAGCUGAACGGGAAGAGGAUCCCCUAUUUCCCAGCAAACCAGGAGAUACUGCAGAAGGUUGAGGUUGAAUACGAAACGCUGCCUGGGUGGAAGGCGGACACCGCGGGCGCCAGGAAGUGGGAGGACCUCCCCCCGCAGGCCCAGAACUACGUCCGGUUCGUGGAGAAUCACGUCGGAGUGGCAGUGAAAUGGGUUGGGGUCGGCAAAUCAAGAGAUUCGAUGAUCCAGCUCUUUUAGACGGAGAGCGCUGAGCCCGCGGAGCGCAGCGGCCCUGUCCCUCAUCGGCAGCCGCAGAGUCACCGCCCGAAACGCAGAAGUAGGAAAACUAGUUUCUGUACUUUUAUAUAUCUCUCCAAGCCUUCAGCUCAGCCACCGAUUUCUACAGUGAUCCAAACAUCUGACGGCCAGCGUUGUGUAUGUUUGUUUUUUUUUUAAAUCCUGCUACUGAAAAUGAGCCAAAGUACUCAAAACAGAGAACUUUUAUGGCACAUUAAUUGUCACAUGGUUGUAUGGCUGGCUGGAGCCGUUUAGUAAUAAACACACGCAGUAGCCACUGAGUAGUGGUGAUCGGUC